UACGGUACAUCGCAAGCUCCCGAGUCUGACUUCACAACUUCUUCAUAUCGCAACCAUAUGGACAGCACCACGAUUCACGCCUCUAGACCAUGUGUGCUUCGCAAGAGCUUCAGGAAGGUCGUGGAAGGUUUAAGGAAGGCGCAAUUAACGCGCCUCAUCUCCAAAAUGCAAUCGCUCAAACGUCCCUUCCUUAGCGAGAUGGCACCCACGCGCAUACAGUCUCCACCCGCCGUGAGCGUCACUCUUCCAAGCCACAUAUCGAUUAGCGAGUAUCACAAGUCCUUGAUAUAGGUACUUUCGCAGUUUUUCCAGUUGGAAUCAGCAAUCCUCCGUCGUGAGAACAAUGGAUCGCUUGCGAAGAUCCAAAUCUGCGCGCUCCGUCCGGCGAAGCCACCGCAGCUCCGUCUCCAGCGACACCUCCGAUCCUGUUGUAGCGCGACAACACGCCACGACAGCUGCCUCUCUUGCGGUGUUGCGCUCCAAGUGCUCUUAUGACGCUCUGGGCGGCCCUGAAAGCAUGGCAGUACCCUCGAGAAGACACCGAUAUACUAGAUCACGGCAAAACGCAAGCAAUGUCCCCGUGGACAGCGCAUCUUCUCGCCCCUCAGUCACCACGGACUCCAGCACACACGAUGAGGACUACACGUCUGCGACGCUGCCUUCCAUCAGCGAGUUCCAAGGGUUUGAUAGCCAAGACUAUUUUCUGCCCUCGUCUUAUAGACGUCUGCGCAAGUCGCGGUCCAUGUUUGCCACUGGACAACGUUGCUCACGCAUGUCUCACGGACUUUGCUCCCCCUUCAACGAUACUACGACUUGUGAGGGCGAUCAAACCUCGCGAAUGACACGCACUUAUGGCACCUUGCGGCGUUCAAUGUCUUUUCUCCGCGGAGAAAAGCCGUCGGCUGGUCCGCUGCGCCAUGUGCAGAGUCAUGACACGGCAAUUGACCUGGCGCGCAGUCAGUUUCAGCAGCAGUCGGCCGACGACUCCCCUCAGACGGAACAGCUGCGGCUGUCUGUUCCUAAGACUCGUCGGGAGCAUAGAGCAUUCAGGAAAACGCUUCGUCCGACCACAUCAGCCGCGGCUGCUGCCGGCACGCCUUCGGCUCCUCAGCCCAGAAGCGCUCACUCUUAUGGAAAAGCGAGAUCUCUCUCUUCGUCCAUCAAGAAAAGAAUCAAGAAGGUCUUGGGUCUUGCAAGACCAUCUGCGGGCGAGGUCGAGGCGCAGGGGGUUACUCCAUCCCGCCAGGACAAAACACAGACGAGUGCCAACGAACUGAGCACUAGCUGUUUAACGCACAGCCCCCACACCCCACUCACGACUUAUAUUGAAACCGAUGUACACACGAAGCAGUAUCCAGCAGCCGAGGUUGCUGAAAGCUCGGAAAGCUUGGCUACAAGCCGCUCUCGCGUAACAAGCUGGGCAGACUCGACCGUUGCCAAUACUAUCGUGACCGGCAACAUUGGUGGUCGAAGCCAUUUGUCGGUAAUUGAAGAGAAAGUCCAUUCGGAACAGACCCUUGCAGGGGCUCCGUCCUAUGAAAACAGCCCCAUCUCCCACAGUAGCCCUGUCAGGCCAUCCAGCAAGAUUGACAGCCAACAAUUGUAUUCCGCUUUGAUGAGAAGGAUCGGCGAGGGCAUGGCACCGGAUGCAAGCGAAAGCAUUGCCUUUGGUCAUGUCAAAGAGCAUCGCAUCGUCCCGACGCCUGCUGCCUCAGUAGCUGUGCGUCAUAAUGGGCAGACCGUUCGGAUGAUUCCGAGUGAUGAAUCCAUCCCAUCAUCCAAGUCCUUCAUCACUGCAGAUGCCGGUACGGUGACUCCGCCGCGGCGGUCACAGUAUCCUACUCAAUGCCUCCCAGAGUCCUCCUGUCCUGACAAGAAUCGUUUGAGCACCUCCUUGAUCUCUGGUAACAAGGGCAUUGCACUCUCAAGGGCUAGCAAGCCGCCUAUAGAGGUAGCCACUGGACACCUGGGCACCCUCGACCAACAAAGUCCGGACGCAGCUUCCGACUCUCCCAGUGUAUAUUCUCGCUCCACCGGCGGCAAGUCGCUCGAUCCAAGCAACGGCGAGGUUUCCUCCCAAUUCCCCGACGAGCCAGGAACGGCUACGAUCUACGACACUCACCGAGCCACCUACUGCUCCCCGAAGUUCUAUCCGAGAAUUCAAACACGUCGAGCAUCGGCCCGGCCAAGUGCGGACUGGAAGCACUGGAUGCACACGGAGAUUGCGAAGAUUGAGAAUCUCAACCCCAUCCAAUCUCACUAUCGCGAGAAUGCACAAAUACAAAGCGAUGAGGACGAUAUGUUCGGUCAAGCUUCUACUCGCUGGAUCGAGAGAGCUCAAGGAGCUGUUUUCAUCGACGAUGAUAUGUGGUCGGAUCGCAAGGUCACUUCGACUAGCAACUUUUCGCGUCCCUUCAGCCGGUCGUCAAGUGUUCAAACAGUAGUAACCACAAAGAAAGAUCAGAACGACGGACUGGUACCCCCGCCACUGCCCUCCAGACCGAUAUCUCCAAGCUCUACCUACCAUGCGGGUAGGUAUGGCCCCUUCCAGAGUCAAAUCGAUUCUCGCAGGGAAAGUACUGCAUUGUCGCCCAUGCAGACAAUUCCAACCAACCGCUUCCGGAUGCCUGAGUCACCCACACCGCGAAGAGACAAAUCCGGGGUAUCAUCUCAGAAGGUGGCGAGUACCACGUACGGCAGACAUCCGGCCAGGUGUCCCCCUGCAGCGCGAGAUUCCAAGUCCCUGCAUAAUCGGACGGGUCGAGGAUAUCGCGACCACCGACAGCUGACCAAUGAGAACAUGAAACUCGAGAGCGACUAUCAUGACAUCAAGGUUCAGGAUACUCCAUCACCGAAUUCAUGCUCGCCAAUAUCGAGCAAGCGUAUGGUGGAGAUGUUUUUGGAGAGCCGACGACGCCAGCCUGAGGUGGAAGCGACUGAUGGGGGUGCUGUGAGUGCCUUCAUCUAGAGGUUUUGGUCCUGGAGAUAUUGUUCUGCAAAAGACACUUAUACCUUGUGCUGAUGAAUUGUUUACGAGCCGUGGCUUUUGUUCCUCCAUAGAUGUAUGUAUGCAUGCUCUUCAGGGUGGCUAUGGAUAGUUAGUGCUAUGAGCGAUGGAUAAUUAAACACGCCGUAUAUGUUGGUGCCAUGGGUUCAGAAUAUCCUUAUCUGCUAUAUCUGUUUUUCUCUGUGUUCAGGAAGAAACAGGAGUCAAUGUCAAUUGGAAGAGUCAGGGGAGGUGUUGGUGUUUAGUAGUUGCUUAGCGGCGGGCCAAGCAGGCUGAAAGGGACUGAGAGGGACUGAAAGGGAC